CGGCGACUGCCCAGGAUGGCAGCCGUCCGCUCCCACCACCCCUGUGCCGGGCCGUCAUCGGUCUAGCAACAAACUCCCCCCGCGCCCCGAUGCGUUUCCGGGCGCGGCAACGGUGACCGGCGGCCUUGCCAAGGCCGUCGCCAACCACGCUGCCUGUGCACCAAGCGCAGGCAACAACGAAUUGACCCAGCUCGAUGUAACGCUGUCCCCUAGCCCGGUCGCCUCGCUGUCCAUGGCAGUGCCUGCGUCUCUGGCAUCGGCGCACGUGACUUCGGCGUCGUGGGCGGCUUCGGUGUCAGCGUCGUCGGAGAGCGGGUCGAUGACCGGUCUCACCGUCAGCCACACACUGACGGUGACCGUGUCGAUGGCACUGGCUUCGGCACCAGACGCUGUCUUUACCGUUAGCGGCAAGCUGGAGAUGACGGCCUCGCUCCCGCUCACGACCAUGCCGCUGGCGUACCUCGCCGAGCUCGAGCUGCCCUUCCACGGCAAGCUCGAGCUGACGGGCACCAGCGGAGCAACGGGCAAGGUCCUUAUCGUCGACACUCACCCGACCGACGGCCAACUUCCGCUUGUUCUCAUCCACGCGACGACGCCAACGUCUUCAGGUGCGGUCGCGGCGUCUACUGCGACCAUCGUGGCCAAUGCCUUGGCGCAGGUGCCUUCGGACACCAUUCCGUCGUGGAUGGAUACCCCGCUGACGCUCUUUGCCUCGCUCCGCGCUGGAUUCGUGUCCACGGGCGUUGGUGCCCCGGUCGUGGUGGCGAGCGGCGAGCUCGUCCGCUCGGCGUCGGAGACUGUGCCCGGCGCGACCAUCUACGCCGCGCACGCCGAGUGCCUCGUGGGCGGCUGCUCGGUCCUUCUCGAGUCAACUCUUGCGUCUGCGAUUACGCAGACCGGAACCGGAGCCGAUGCUGCUGCCGUCGUCUCGACGCUUGACUCGGUCUUUGCGGUCUCGGCGACGUCGAUCAUUCCGGUCUCAGUCUCCGCCACCACGGUCGCGGUCGGAGACAAGGUUGGCAUUGUCUUGCGCGCUGCCACCUCGCUCGACGCACUGGCGCCGGCGUGGCCGACCGCCAUUGUUGAGCUCUCGCCUGAGCUCCUCCUCGGCAUGGGCCGCGGCCUCCAAGUCCGGUUCUCGGGCUCUGUGGCAUCAGUCAUGAUUGGCUCGGGCGCCGAUGCGCAGCGGGUUGUUCCGCUCGCGCCCGUCUUUGACGGCUCGUCGCUGGGUGGCGUGGCGCUGCCGGACGCAGCGCUGACCGGCAAUGCCAGCGAUGUGGCCGCCAUUGCCGCGCAGGUGGGCGAGGCGCUGACGGCCACGCCAUCGCUUGCGCCAAUGCUUGCCGAAUUUAUCAACACUCGUCUUGUGCCUGCGUCUGGCGUUGAUGGUCUGGUGGAUGCGUACCUAGCGGCAACGCUGACGCCAAGUUUCAACGGAUUCUGGGCGUGGUUUACCGGCCCGCACACGCGGACCGUCUGCGCCGCCUCGCAGUUGGAGCAUUGCUAUCUUCAGUUCCGUGCUCCGUUGGCCGGCGAGACGACAGUCGUGCCGACUCUGGAAGUUGUGCUCGCUGGACGGAGCCUCUCCGCCCCGCUCCCGGCAACCUGCACUCAUCAUCUUAACGCCACGUUUGCAGCGGGUGCUGCGGCGCUAACUGCAUCUGUGCCUGCCGUCGCCGGCUUUGGUGCGCCCGGCUUUGUCACCACCGUCUCGCAGCUCACGCUCGCGCAGCAGUCGGUCUACCUCGCGGGUACAAUGGAUCUGGUGUACAGUGGUGCGCCUGCGUGGAAGCAUGCGCCCAAGGUCUACACCUCUAUCCGGGCACGCGCGGUGGAUCUGGUCUCGACUGACCCGACUGGUGCCGCGCUCUACACGGCUGCCGACGUUGCAUGCACAAAUGGGGGCCUUCAAGUCGAGAGCGUCUCGCUCUCGACUGACGCCUCUUCCGCCGGUGGCUUUUCCUGGGCCUCGCUAGCGCAGGGCAAGGUUGCAACCAACAAGGUGAGGGUUUCGUCGGCCGGUGCGUCGGCGCUGGCUUCUUCGCUCUCGGCGGCCUCGACCGAGCUGGCCACCGCUGGAAAUCACGCGUGGGCUACGAGCGAGAUUGGGCCGACGAGCCUGGUUCUUGGCGCGUCCAUGCUCUCUGUCCUCGAGGCACUCGAGAAUGCUGUGGCUGGCAAGCAUGCGCACGACGCCAAGGACAUGGUGGCGGUGGUGGCGGCGGCGCUCGACGCCGCGCCGGGUGGGCUCGGUGCGCAAGUCACCGUCGAGCUGACCGGCACUGCUGGCGCGCCUCAGUUGGCAGUCAGUGUGGCGAGCGUUUGGCGGGCUGAAACGCGGAUUCAGACCGAGGCCGCCCCGUGGGCCGGAGUGGUGGACCUCUCGCGGGUUCCGCUGCACCUACUCCUCACUUCGGAGCUUGAACUCUCGACUGCAGCUCCAAGCAGCGUGACGCUGGCAGUCAGCGGCACAGCACGUGUGGCGCAUUUUGCAGCGCCAGCGAGCUGGCAGAUGUCGGCCGCGGCGGUGACCGACGGCUCGAUGCAUCUUAAGCUCGACCUCCCGACCAGCUCGAGUCUCUCGGUCAAGUGCGAUGCCAAGACAGACGGGCUGUCGGGCUCGAUGGCGUCGAUGCGUGUGACGAUCGAGGACAGCGACCUCGCGGCAAUGGACAAUGCAAACCUGGUCAACGGGACCGUGCCGCUCUCGUCGGACGCGGCCGUCAAUGUGGUCGGCUACCCCCACUUUCCGCCCAAGGCCGUGCUUGCCAGCGCCUCACUCCACGGCUCGGGCCCUGUGGCCUCCCUCCUUCCGACGCUCUCUGCCACGGCACCCAAGGACAUCAUAGCGGCGCUGUCGAACACGCUCUCGUCGGUUGCCAGCUUUGGCUCUGGAGCCGGCUCAUUCCCGCUCCCUCUGGUGAACAAGGGCGUCGACGCGCUCGACUCGGUUGCUGCGGCGCUCGAGCCGAUUCUGGCCAAGCUCACCUGGGCUGGUGACCUUGAGCCGGAGCUCAUGUACGCGACCAACUACGCGAUUGGCGUCAACGCGCCGUCGCUGCCAACCGUCGAGUGCUCGUUCUCGUUUGAGGCGCUCAACACUGGCAACCUGGCGAGGUCGCUGCUUGCGACGGCCGAAGCCGGACUUGCUGGAUGCACCUAUGCCGGCAAGGCCGGCCUCCGGGUCCGUGACUUUGUGGCACCGAGCGUGAGCAGCGUCUUCUCGCAGGACGGACAGAGCUGUGCAGUGUUUUCGCUCAAGCCGGCGGUGCCGGGAGUGGUGAAAUCGUUCUCGAUGAAGGCCAAGAGCAAGAGUCACGUGCUCUCGCCGUACACAACGACUUGGACAGAGUCGUCGGUGCCCGUUUUUGGACGGUGGGACGACCUGGUUGUCCUCCUUGCCCAGUCAGGUAUCAACUCGCUCGUCCACCUUCCGUCGUCUAUCGAGGUCGAGGCGCUGAGCCUGCCGUCGUGUGUGCCGAACGUGCCGGGCUGGGCAGCGUACUUCUCGGGCGUCCUGCCUGGAACUGCUUUCAAGCUCGGCUUUAACGCGACGCUCUUUGACGGAACUACCUCGUCGGUGGCGUCGACGAUGAAGGCUGGGCCGAUCAACGUCGAGCUGCCUGCGUCCAGCGCGCAAGCCCGCGUCGACGCGUUUGUGCAAGCCGAGGUCGGCAUCAUCCACGGAUGCGCGCCGCUGCGAUCGGCGCGCAACAUCUCGAUCGAGACUGCGUUUGUUAACGGGUCAGCAAUCGAGGACUUUUCCACCGCGCGGGUGCCUGCCACCGGCGGUGGCUUCCAGCUCCACGCGCAGUUUGUUGUGCGGUCUGUCGAGCCUGACGUCCCACCCAAGUCGGUUGAGGUGGCGCAGUACAUUCAUCUCGCGCCCGGUGCGCUAGUGUCGGAGCAGCUCAUGCACGCGCUGCUGUCGCAGAUCACCGACGUCGAGCUCGCUGGCGUGCUCGGCGUCGGUGUUGUGGCACCCGACCCAGUGCUCAACCCGGGCUCGCCGCAAGUGGAGAUUGCUAUCAACGCGGCAAUCAACCCGGAGACUCAACACCUGGUCAUCCCGUACUCGCUCUCGAUUUCGAACAUCACGGUGCCUGGCCUCGAGUACGCCGCACCAGUGAUGAGCCAGUCGCGGUCGGUGGUGAAGGAGCUUGUGGUUGGCCUCUCUGCUGCUACGUCGUUCGAGGCAGAGGCAACAACCGGAACGCUCGGCCCGCUCGGGCUCGAGGUCGGGUCGGUGACGGCGGAGACAUCGGCGUCGCUGGUUCUCACUGCGGCCUCGCCGUGGCUCACAACCGCUACGGCGCUCAAGGCCGGGACGACGACGAGCUCGCUCUUCUCCACCUUUACACUCGAGGCCGAUGUUUCUGGCUCUGCAGUCGUUGGUGACAUGCACAUCGACGCGCUCGACGCGCCAGUGCCCGGCCUCCCACACCUCACCAUCAACCUUGGCGUGUCUGACUCGGGCGACCUGGCCUCUGGCGCUGCGUUUGAGCAGUUUAAGGAGAACCUGCAAGCUGAGGCGACGGCGACGUGGUCUGGCGACGAUGCGUUGAUCCGCAUGCUCAAGGGCAUGAUGUCCAAGGACGCGUCGAUGUGCGAGCUGCUCAAGGCCGGCGUCGACUUUCUGGCCGACGUCAAGGCCGACCCCAGCGUCCAAGCCCCGCUUGCCCCGAUGAAGCACUCGCCGUUUGGCCGGGUCCUCGGCAAGCUGUUGCCCAUGUACGACGACACGGUGGCAGCGGUGUGCGAUCACGGCGAACCAAUGUCGGUUGCGCUGUUCUGCUCGUUUAUGGCCGACGCGUUCCACUACCAAGUUGGGCCGGUGUGCUCUGACGUCACGCUUGCGCACGACAUGUUCCAGCUCCCGCUCACGUUUACGGCCUACUCGUACUCGUACACCGACGCGUCGGUGAUGGACACCCAGCUGUUCCACGGUGGAGGCGAGCUUGCCGCGGGCGUGUCGACAUCGAACAACCUUGCGGUGUCGGCCAAGGUCGAAGUUGCGCUUGUUCUCGACGUCACCUUCCCCGAGUCUGGGCCGAUCCAGAUCUCGCUCAACAAGGACGAGACGUACGUGCGGGCGUCUGCCGGUGGCAGUGACGACGGCCAGCUCAAACUGCAGUUUGGUCCGUUCUCUGCGCAGGUGGCAAAGUCGCGGGCAUGGCUGGCGGCUACAGAUGCGGUGGGAGAGACGGCACCCGCCACUCUCGCCGCCUCGCCGGGCACCGGGGUCGUCCUCGGCGGCUCGGCCGGCUUUGAAGCGACGGUCACGUUUCCGUUUGUAGACACGUCACAGUGUGAGAUUUCUGUGGAAGUGCCGAACCUGGCCGAGCCGUCAUCUGCGACGGCUUCGGACGCAAAGUGCGCCGACUUUGUGUCCAACCUCGAGUCGGUGCUCUCGCGGUCGUGGAUGGCCGAGUUCUUUUCGCAUCCUGGCACCUUUUUCUCCUCGUUCUCAAGCGAGAUCGCCAAGCUUCGGGCACAAAUGUUUGGUCCAGACUCGAUCAUUGGCUCCAAGGCAAUCGCGUUUAUCGACAAGAAACUCGCCACGCUCUUUGAUGGCGAGCUCGCGGUCAUCACCGGGCCGGCCGUUGCCUCGCAGAUCAUCCACCAGAUCUCGGUCGACCUCGUUGACAAGCUCGCGGGCAUUCCGGUCUCGACAACUGUCGACGAGAUUGUGGUCGAGAUUGUGACCGGCGCGCUCAACGCGCACCUCCCGCACCUGGCGCAGCCGGUCACCGUCGCCCACGAUGCGCAGGCUCGCAGCUACACCUGGUCGAUCGAGUUUGGCAACUCGGCACUCCGUCCGCUGUUCUCGGUUAACUCAGACUGGGGCGCGCAUGGCCUGCUCGACCUUGACAUCCAGUGCAACGCCCAGCUCGAGGCCGACUGGACUUUUUCCAUUGCGCUCGUUUACUCGGCGGUUCACGGCGUCUCGGUCACGCUCCCGGUCGAGCCGGCCUUCUCGUCGACCGUCGACCUCGACAUGCCAUCCGGUUGUCAGCUGGUCGGAGGGCUUGGUCCGCUUGGCUUUGAGCUUAUCACCACGCCGGCGGAGACGUACCUCAAGGGCACGCUCGCGCUGACGCUUCAGCCCAAGGCUGACGUCGACAUCGACAUUUCGGCUCAGUUGGGCGGUAGCGGCCUCCUUGGCGCCGGUCCACUCAUUGCCGACCUCGCGCACACCACGCCACAGGAGGCGCUUACCGCGUUCAUCCACUACGAGGCCUCGUUCAAGGCCGGGUACGAGUUUAACGUCAAGGCCGGGCAGACGUCAACCACGCCGACCAAGCUCGCGCUCAACGACGUCGAGAUGUGCCUCGGCACCAUGCUUGUCAAGUACAUCGACGCCAUGAUGGGCCACGUUACCAAGAUCCUCGAUCCGCUCAACAAGGUCUUUGGCCCCAAAGGCGUGCUCCUCAAGCCGAUUCCGGGCAUGUCCAAGAUCUUUGGCUCCAACUUUAACGCCCUUCGUGUGGCACGGUACUUUUGUGAACUCACGUCAGACUGCAACAUCAACGAUCUUGUGGCGGCGGUCCGGACGUACGCACGGAUCAUGGACGUUGUCGCCGUUGCUGACGAGCUCUCAUCGCUCGGCGUCGAGGGCUGCGGUGUGAGCAAACUGCUCGGCUCGUUUGAGCUUGCGCUUCACAAGCCAGUCCUCGUACCCGACAGCUACCUCCCACCCAAGACCAAGCAGAUUCUGUACAACUCGGCAGUUGCGCAGGCUCACGAGAAGGAGAUUGCCUCGUUUGUGUCGGGCGUGACGACCUCGGGCUCGUUCGGCAUCGAGUACAACAUCCUGCAUGAUCCGGUGGAGAAGCUCCUUGACAUGAUGAUGGGAACCAACUUUGCCAUUGUGGGUGUCACCAUUCCGGACGCCACGCUCGCUCUUGGUAUGCAUUUCCCCAUCCCGAUCUGGCCGUUCCCGCACGUUGUGCUCUCGCUAGACUUUAAGGCUGCGCUCACAGUCUCGGUCGGUGAGGUCUCUCUCACUUACGAUGCGGUCUACGAGUCGAUCCACUACAAGAACCCGUCGUACUUGUUCCGCGGCUUGGGCGUGACGUACACCAACCCGGACGGCUCGCCGCACUACCCGCUCAUCUUUACCGCGUCGAUGACCGGCGAGGUCUCGGUCGGCGUCUUUAUCUUCAAGGGCUACGGCUACGCCGGGCUCCAGAUCGACGUCUCAGUCCGGCUCAACAACCCGAACGGUGGCGAGGUCAUCACUUUUGACCAGAUUGCGCGGCUGGUGAAGCACGGCAACCUGAUGCACUCGCUCGACGGCGGCAUUGUGCUGACAUUCAAGUACGGGCUGGGCAUCCGAGCAUGUGUGCACCUCAUUGUGGUCCACAAAUGCUGGACCGUCGUCCACUGGGACGGGUCGACGACGCUCUUUACGCACAAGUUUAAUCCGCAGUCUGUGCCUGCAGUCUCUUCGGGUGCGGGAGCGAUCAACCUCGGGCUGGUCGACUCUACGACGAGCGGCAUGAUGCUGGCGAGUGGUGAGCUGCCGACGUACACCAUUGACGAUGCCGGCAACGGCAUGAUCUGGUUUGCCUUUGUGGUGCCUGGCCAGCCGGUGGGUAAGGCGCUGCCGACCCGUGGCGUGCCAUCAGUGUCAGCCAAGGUUGUGACGUUUGCUGGAUCCACAAACGGCGCCUUCCGGGUGGUGCCGCGGUCUUCGACACCUGUUGCGCUGCCGUCGGUCGCCACCGCCCAUGUCGAGCUUCCGAUGGCGUAUCACGCGCCGGCGAGCGGGACACCGACGUAUGUGGCGAGUGGACUCAAGGUGAGCGCGGCCAGCGGUGCCGGUGCCUCACUGGGCAAGACCUGCGGGAGUGUGAGCCUCACCGAGCCUGUGGAACGGGCGUCGAUCGGUAUCGAAGGCGCGGUGUGUCCGGUGGCGGUGACGGUGUCGACUGCGAACAACGUGACAAUAUCAGGCAGUUUGGCAGCAUACGGCGGGCAUGCGGUGACGGUCUCUGGAUCUGGAGGCGACACGCUUGCGGUGGAGGUUGUGACAGAGAGCGUGCGGAUCGAGUCGUCGACGGUGCUGCUCGGCAAGAACGAGCUCUCUGUGGCUCUUGGUAACGAGGGUGUGUUCUCGCGGCUGCGGCUGAAGGGCUCGGCGUCGCAGGCGACAACCUUUACGGUUGCUGCAGUGCCGGCCGGGACCGAGACGUCUGCUCACGGUGGCGACGGCGACGACAAGUUUGAGGUUGCUGACCUCGCGGCUCUCGGCUCGCUGGUCACGGUCAACGGAGCUGGUGGCGAUGCCAACAGCCUCAGUGUCACGCUUGCCAAGGAUGCGACGUUUGCGGACAUCAUGGCCGACUUUGUCCUCGGCGGCUUUGACUCGGCCCCAUCGCGCGGUGUCGGAUUUGGCAACAUCCAAACGCUCAACGUCAACGUGCAUGCUUCGGCGAGCAAGAAGUCUGUUGGUCUGUAUGUGGCGGCACCGGUGGCAGGUACCAAUGUCAACCUGGUUGGCAUUGGUGGUGCGCCCAGCUCGGUGCUAACCUACGAUCUGCGCGGAUGCACCAAGGAGUCAAAGCUGGUUGUGACCGUGCAGGGCGAGGGGAGCCACUCUGUGCUCCUGGGCAACGGAGCCCACUCGCUCAUCGACUAUGAGUGUGAUAUCGAGAUUGUCAAUGAGGCCAAGGCCGACGUGACGGUCCAUGUCCAUGCAGCGCAGGACAAGCGUGCGCUCAAGUAUGCUGUGUCUGACAGCGGCGUUCAUGUGACAGAUGCGUCAGGCAAGACAGACGGAAUGCAGAUUGUGUUCAACGGACCUGUUGCUCGCGCGCUUGUCCACUUUGGCGUAGGUAGCACUGUCGCGGAGCACAAGAUGGUCCACGCGACAACUGAGGUGCUGUACACGUCUGCCGGCGCUGCCAAGCUUGUGAUGGCGUCGUCGUCUGCAGCUGUUGUGGCGAACGGAACGAUUGACGUGACGUUUGGGACUGCCGGGUCGAACAAGCAUCCGCUGGCGGCGAUUGCGGCGCCGGUGUUUGUGGGAACAGCGAGCGGUGGGUCGCUGACGCUUGCAAGUGCGACGGGCGCGAGUGCCCCGGACCAGUGGUUCAACUUUGCGUCGCACCGGGUGUGCGAGGCAGAGGCCAAGACGGCAACGCCGAUGCGGCCGACGGUCAAGCCGACGGCGUGGGCGGUGGAGCUUGCGGCUGCAGCGGGUGUUCCCGCGGCGACCGAUGGGCUGCCGGCGUGCCAGCUGGCAUACGGCGGACAGCCGUCACGGUACGUAAUGAGCGUGACGACCGGCGGUGGUGUCGACGGUAUUGUGGGACUCGGUGUGGACAACGUGGCGCUGACUGCGUCGCUUGGUGACGAGGACGACGUUCUCGAGUGGAAGCCAAGUAGCGACGGUGUGGCGAUGUCGCCGCUGGCGGCGUCGAGUGUGGCUGGUGGUGAUGCGGACGAUGUGUUCCUUGUGCCAGACCUUGCCGGCAUUGUGUCGAUGCUGUCUGUGGACGGCAACGGCGGUGUGGACAAUGUGUUCAACGUGACGCUGGCGAGCGACGGACUGAUGGCCGAUGUGCAGGCAACGAACGUUGUGGGUCACUUUGGCAGCGGACCGUCGCGGGCUGUGGACUAUGCAGACAUUCAGGUACUCAACGUGGAGAUGCAUGCGUCUGAUGCGCAGCGUGAGACGAUGGUGUACGUGGCGACGCCUGUGGCGGGGACGAAUGUCAACGUGAUGGGCGUGGGUGCGAGCGCCGAGCAUGAGCUGACGUACGACCUGCGCGGGUGUGAUGAGAGCUCGACACUGACGGUGUAUCCGCGCGGCAGCGGGUUCCACAACAUUGUGCUCGGCAACGGCGGCGAGAAGCUCGACGGGUAUGGAUGUAAGGUGCGGGUGUUCAACGAGGACGCCAGUGACCGAACUGUGUUUGUGCACGUGCGUGGUGGCGACGAUGCACGGACGAUGAGCUACGCGGUGUCGGACGGCCUCAUCGAGGUGACGCCGGCUGCAGGCAGCGGAAGCUCGUUCAGUGUGGAGAUGGUUGGCGUGGCGCGUGCGCGUGUCGACUUUGGAGUGGGCAGCACUGCAGCCGAGCAUGUGAUGGCCAGCGAGUCUACCGAGGUGCUGUACACGUCUGCCGGCGCUGCCAAGCUUGUGAUGGCGUCGUCGUCUGCAGCUGUUGUGGCGAACGGGACGAUUGACGUGACGUUUGGGACUGCCGGGUCGAACAAGCAUCCGCUGGCGGCGAUUGCGGCGCCGGUGUUUGUGGGAACAGCGAGCGGUGGGUCGCUGACGCUUGCGAGUGCGACGGGCGCGAGUGCUCCGGACCAGUGGUUCGACUUUGCGUCGCACCGGGUUUGCAUGGCAGAGCCGCAAUCGGGCGUUUUGCUCCGGCCGCCGACAGCGGCGACAGCAUGGACGAUGGGCCUUGCAGCGGCGAACGGAGUGCCAGCGGGUACCGAUGGGCUGCCGGCAUGUCAGCUGGCGUACUCUGCUGUCGCCAGCCAAUAUGUGAUGAACAUCACAACCGGCGGUGGGAGGGACGGCGUGCUCGGGGCCAAGGUGCAGAACGUGGCAUUGAGCGCAUCACUUGGAAAUGGCAUUGACUUGCUGGACUACCUGGUGUCUGGAGCUUCGGCACCGCUCGAGGUGGAUCUCGGAGAGGGGGUGGACUUUGCCAACUUUGUAGGCCCACUGGACUCGCCGACGCGUGUGGCUGUGGGCGCUGAUGGAGCUGCCGACGUUGUUGUGUUCUGGGCGCCGCCUGUGAUGGACUCGCUCUCACCGUCGCUGCUUGAGGGUGACUCAGUGGUGCCGUGUGGGUUCGGGCGGCCUGAGCCGACACUUGUUGUCUCGCAGCUAACGACGGACGACGCGAUGUCGCUACUCGGCGGGACGCCAGACAUGUCGACAUAUCCGUGGCUGGCCGGCUACUUUGGCGGCUCGCCGCGGACGAUCAACGUGACGACACCUGUGGGUGGGCAUCUCGACUUUGACCUUGCCGGCAAGGAGGUGAUCGAGGUUGUGCAGCUUCCGGUCUCGUCCGAGAGCACGUUUGCUGCCGCGUCUGCCAGCCACCCGGGCGAAGUGGCCAAGGAUUGGGUGUUGGACAUUGCACUCGCUGCGGUGGACGAGCCAAUGUCAGUUGCUGUCCAUGGAGUGUACGGAGGCAACGGCACGGUUGUGCUGCACCUUCCGGCGCUGCCUUCCACGUCGGCGUCUUACGACGUGAGCGUGCACGACCUAGGCUACGGCGGAUACGGGCGGGUGAUUGUUGGUGGGCUGCGGCUGACGCUGCAGCACGUUGACGUGCUUGUCCUCGACGCGAGCAGCGCGCCGGGCACCACGGUGCGUGUUGCAGACGCACCUGCACCUGACGGACUGGAGACUGCGCUCGUGUUGCUCGCGCCGCAUACAAGCAUCCUUCCUGCCGAGUUUACGUUCCCGCUUGUGAUUGCUGGAGGCGAUGUGCUGGCGCAGUCUGGGGCGAUUGUUUCGGCGACGGCGCCUGUGUGGCUUGUGGGUGAGACGACGCGGGUGUUUAUGGACGCCGGCAAAGCGGUGGACGUGGACCAUCACUGUGUCGUGUCUGCCGAGGGCGUGGCUAAGAACGCGAUGCCGUCGCUUGUUGUGAUCGAUGUGGUUGUGGGCGAGCUCGGCGUGAGCUCAGCAGCGGCCGCGUCGGCGCAAGGAUGCGGUGCCGGCCUCUUUGGCGUGUCAUACGUGGAGAUGACGGCAACGAACGUGAGCGUGGCUGGGAUUGCGGCUGAGGUGAGUGCUGCAGUGGUGAACGUGACGACCGAAGGCGCGCGGAUCUCGCUCAGCGAUACAGCUGUGUGGUCAGAGGCCAAGCUUGCUGUUGGCGAGGAGGCCGAGCUGUAUGUGACCCGCGAGGACGGGUCAGUGUUUGAGGUUGGCGCGCGGAAGACAUCGCGGGCUACCGUUGCACUCGGCGUGUUUGCAGCGGCGAGCAAGGCCGAUGUGCACUGCACUGCUGCUGCGAUGCGGACGGCGGUGUCGAUUCAGGGAAGCGGCUGCGAUGUUGCGCUCGGCUCGACGAGCGCGGAGCAGCGUAACGUGCCUGCGACGACGGUGUGGGGCGGCGACGAUGAUGUUGCGGUGACUGUCGACGCGACGGUGUUCAACACGAGCGCGGCGAGUGGCAGCGCACGGGCGGUGGUACGUGCUGUGGGCGAGCAGGUCGAGGUGACUCGGCCGUCUGGUGCCAAGGCUGUGGACGUGACGGUCGGGCGGCCGGGUAGUGCGUUGUUCUCCCGGGUGGCAAUUACGGCUGUCGGGAGCGGGAUGUCGACGGUAGCGUCGACUGACGACGCAUUUGUUGGCGCCGCGGCGCUCACGCUGCCGACAAUUGUGUUUGAGCCUGCCGGGUCUGGCUCGCGGCUGGAGCUUGUCAACGUGGCGAACGGGGAGCCGUCGCGGGCUGUUGUGGAGGAGGCGCGCGUUGUGAGCAACGCCGGCGGAGCGAUGCGGCUGGAGUACUGUGGCGACGAUGGAUGCUCGUGGACGUGCUACGCGUCGUCGCAGUGCACGGCGCGGCAGCUCCGUGCGGAUGCGCUGUUUGGCGGCCCGUGCACAGAUGCGCCGGAGCUCGAAUCGUGCGCGGCGGCAGCGCAAUGGCGGGUUGUGGGCGCGGUGAGCGCUCAGCAGAGUCGCGACGGGCUUGCGUGCGUCCCGUACGGACCGCUUGUGCUUGGUGGCGACGGUGGCGGGGCGGGUGGGGCGUUUAGCGUGAGCCUGAUGGGCUUUGUGCUGGGCUCUGCAUGCGUGUGCGCGAUUGCGACACUGUGCGGGUUUGUGUUUGCCGAGCGCGGGCUAGACUACGGACUCAACCAGGUGUUUGGCGACCGGUUCGGGUGGGCGCGGUUUGUGGUCUUUGCGCUUGUCUCGCGGGCGCGGCUUGCAGAGUGGUCGCCGACGACGGUGGACGCUGUUGCGGCGGCGUACCAGGCUGUGGCGAACCUCGGUGGAGUGCAGUGCGCGGCUGUGUCGCCAGCGCCCAAGCAAGACACGAUGUGGCGGAACGUGGCGGCCGGGCUUGCGUCGGCGGCGUGCGUUGGGGCAGGCCUUGCGGCAGCGUCGCACGUGCUCGCGCGACGGCGGUUCGUGGGUGCGUCUGUUGUGGCGCGCCUCGCGCGUGCUCUGCUUGGCCUCGCGAUGUUUGUCCUUGUUGUGCCUGCGCUUGCCAACGCGCUGCGGAGUGGAGCCGGCGUGGUGGUGGUGGCGACAAGCCUCGUGCUUCUUGCGCUCGGCCUCGUGCUAGACACGGUGCGGACACGGGUGGUUGUGGUCAUGACUGGCGCGCACCUAGCGCUGGACUCGCCGGACACAGCGAGCAAGGCCGUGGCUGGGCUCGGAUACCUGCUCACCUUUGGCGCAGCAGUCUCGGCGGCGGUGCUCGGCGGGCGGUCGCAGGCCGCGGUCUCGAUCUCCGUCUCGCUCGGGCUGUGGACCAUCGCGGCGGCCGGCGAGCUCGUGGCCCCAGUGUGGAACGUUGUGCAGGGCGGGCAGCGGCGUGUGCUCGCCCUUCAUGCAGUGGUUACCACCACGGUGUCGGCAAUUGUCGGCGGCGUGGCGCUCUUCCUCCUCCGCGGGCACGGGCCGCUGGCAGUCGUUGCGCUCUGGGGCAUCGCGUUCUGGGGCCAGUGGCUCUCGACCGCGGUCCUUGCAGUCCGUGGACGCUCGCUCGAUGCCGCUGUUCUCCGGGAGCGGCGCAAAAUGCUCCGGGGCGGGCGGUGGUCGAUCGGUGUCAGUGGCGUUGAUGACGAGGCUGACGGCACGCUUCCUCUCCUUGCGGCACGCGGCUUUGCGCCUGUUGUCGCCGACGUGACUGAAGACGAGCCGACGUUGAACUAACUAAACCACAUCUGCUGUG